CAGUUUACAGUGUACUAUGUUUACAUAUUCCGUUGUGCUGCUGCAAGUAAGAAUGUCAUUGCUCUAUCUGAGAUAGAUGACAGUAAAACACCCUUGAUAGUCUCUCUCUUGACACUUCCUGGAACGAUGGUCAGAAAGAACAGAAUCACAUGGUGCUGCGAAUAGCACCUUCCGAUGUGGGGCGCAGCGUUCUUGUCACAGUGACGGGGGGUGUUGAUCGCAGCUUGUUCAACCCCUCCCUCUCCUCGGCUAAAACUUCCACAGAGAGUUGUGACCAUCACAGAGGGCUGUGACUGAACCGCGCCAGCGACUCGAGAGGCUGCACGGUUCUCCGCUGGUCUGGACGCCAAACGCGGAAGAAGCACUGUGAAUGUGAAUGAUACUCUGGAUGUGAGCAGUUGUGGAGAAGCGAGCAAGGUGCCCCUGACUCUGCAGGAACUUGCUCAACCUUCGUGGAGAGGCUCUGUUCCGGGAAGUCCACCUUGUUUGCUCGCCUCAACGAGCGCUUCUCGCUUAUCUCGAAACGAUGAAGGACAGGCUUGAAGAAUUGAUCGGACUUUCAAAACUGUAUCAGCUGUCGACAGAGGCUGAAGAUAAACCCGAUUCCCAUCAAGAGAGCUUUGUGUUUGAAUGUGACUUCAUUUUACAGGUUCUUUAUAAGACGGUGCACCAGAUUUGGGAGGAAAAUGGACGUCUGAAGGUGGACAUCAGGCGCCUGGGCAAACAGAACAAUCGCUUUCUGACCUCAAUGCGACGUUUCAGCAGCAUCAAGCGGGAUUCAAGUUCUAUCGCUAAAGCCAUAAAGGCGCAAGGUGAGAAGAUUCAACAGAGGCUGCAGAACCUGAGCAACUACACAGAAGAGAUCACGGGCACACACGGGCCCAAUGCUGCCAUUGUCCGCAUUGCCAAGGCACAGCAUUACACUCUUCUCCAUGCCUUCCACGACGCCAUGGUGGACUAUAACAUGGAGGAGAUGAGGCAGCGGGAAAACUGCAAGACCCGGAUCCAGCGGCAACUGGAGAUCAUGGGGAAGGAUGUGUCGGGCAACGAAAUGGAGGAGAUGAUAGAACUGGGGAAAUGGGAUGUGUUUUCCGAGAACCUGCUGAGCGAGGUGCGGGGAGCGCGAUCGGCUCUGUCGGAGAUUGAGCUGCGGCACCAGGAGCUGUUGAAGCUGGAGUCCAGAGUACGAGAGAUCCACGACCUGUUCUUGCAAAUGGCCUUGCUGGUGGAGCAACAGUCUGACACUCUCAACAACGUCGAGGUGAAUGUGCAGAAGGUUCAAGAUUACGUUGGUGUUGCCAGGACUCAGCUGGCAAAGGCAGUGGAGCUGAAAAGGAAAAACAUCUGUCGACAGAUCUUCUGCUGUUGCAGUUGCUGCCCUUGACAUCCUCGUCCGCACGUUGUCGCUCUAUGUGCCUUAAUACAGCUUCAUAAUCUCACAGCAAAAGUAACAGCACCCUCUCUGAGCAAAUGGAUGGGACAGCAAUGAUAUUCUCCUAUUGAAGAUGAUAUUCUAUAUGCCUGCAGCAUCUCCAGGUUACAACAAAGGAUUUUAAUUGUGUAGGAAGGAAUUGUAAAUGCUGGUUUAAACCGUAGACACGAAAAGCUCGAGUAACUCAGCAAGUCACACAAUAUCUCUAGAGAAAAGGAAUUGGUGACAUUUCGAGUCGACGCACUUCUUCAGACUGACGUUUCAGGUCGAGAUCCUUCUUCAGACUAAGGGUCUUGACCCGAAACGUCACCUAUUCCUUUUUAAUAGACAAAAGGUGCAGGAGGAGGCUAUUUGGCCCUUCUGGCCAGCACUGCCAUUCACUGUGAUCAUGACUGAUCAUCCAUAAUCAGUACACCAUUCCUGCCUUCUCCCCAUAUCCCCCGACUCCACUAUCUCUAACUCCCUCUUGAAAGCAUCUAGAUAAUUGGCCUCCACUGCCUUCUGAGGCAGAGAAUUCCACAAAUUCACAACUCUUUGGGUGAAAAGGUUUUUUCUCAUCUCAGCUUUAAAUGGCCUCCUCUUUAUUCUUAGACUGUGGCCCCUGGUUCUGGACUCCCCCAUCAUUGGGAACAUUUUUCCUGCAUCUCGCUUGACGAGUCCUUUUAUAAUUUUACACACUUCUAUGAUACCCUCUCAUCCUUCUAAAUUCCAGUGAAUACAAGCCCAGUCUUUCCGAUCUUUCCUCAUAUGACAGUGCCGCCAUCCCAGGGAUCAACCUCGUGAACCUACGCUGCACUGCCUCAAUAGCAAGGAUGUCCUUCCUCAAAUUAGGAGACCAACACUGCACACCGAACUGCUAAUGCUGGUUUAAACCGUAGACACAAAAACCUGGAGUAACUCAGCAAGUUACACAGUAUCUCUAGAGAAAUGGAAUAGGUGACGUUUCAGGUCGAAACCCUUCUUCAGACCAAGGGUCUUGACCCGAAACGUCACCUAUUCCUUUUCUCCAGAGAUGCUGUCUGAUCCGCUGAGUUACUUGUUUGCUUUGUUUGCUUUGCUCCCAUAUCGCAAUCAGUACCCCGUUCCUGCCUUCUCCCCAUAUCCAGCGACUCCGCUAUCUUUAAGAGCCCUAUACAGCUCUCUCUUGAAAGUAUCCAGAGAACUGGCCACCUAAGGCAGAGAAUUCCACCGACUCACCACUCUCUGUGUGUAAAAGUGUUUCCUCCUCUCCGUUCUAAAUGGCUUACUCCUUAUUCUUAAACUGGGGCCCCUGGUACUGGACUCCCCCAACAUCGGGAACAUGUUUCCUGCCUCUAGUGUGUCCAGACCCUUAAUAAUCUUAUAUGUUUCAAUAAGAUCCCCUAUCCUUCUAAAUUACACAGUAUACAAGCCCAUCCGCUCCAUUCUCUCAGCAUAUGACAGUUCUGCUAUCCCGGGAAUUAACCUGGUGAACCUACGCUGCACUCCCUCAUUGAAUGGGACCGUCCAUAUGUUAAGAAAUGGGUUGUCUUGGAUUCUGGUUUCCUCUGUGUGGGAAGGAACUGCAAAUGCUGGUUUACACCGAAGAUAGACACAAAAUACUGGAGUAACUCAGCGGGAUAGGCAACAUCUCUGGAGAGAAGGGAUGGUUGACGUUUUGGUCUGAAGAAGGGUCUUGACCCGAAACAUCACCCAUUCCUUCUGUCUAGAGAUACCGCCUGUCCCACUGAGUUAAUCCAGCAUGUUGUGUCUAUCUUCUGUUUCCUUUACUGUUUUUCCCACUCUGGGCUACCACGGUGGGAAAAACAAUCUACAUAUGUUGAGUUCCAAACCAGGAUAGACCCAAAGGUCAACUUUUUAGAGUCAAAUAAAUGCACUAAAGCAAUGGUUUGGGAAGGAACUGCAGAUGCUGGUUUACACCGAAAAUAGACACAAAAUGCUGGAGUAACACAGCAGGGCAGGCAGCAUCUCUGGAGAAAAUGAACAGGUGAUGUUUCGGGUCAAGAUCCUUCUUCAGGCUUCUUCUGAAUAAGGGGCUCAACCUGAAACGUCACCCCUUACUUCUCUCUAGAGAUGCUGGCUGUCCCGCUGAGAUACUCCAGCAUUUUGUGUCUCACUAAGAAAUGGCACCUAUUUGUGAGUUUUCUGAGCUUGAGUGGUACAUUUAAAAAAAAGUUUCAAGUGUUUGCUGUUGAAGUCCAUCCCAUCAUGAAAUUUGACAGUACACACCCUCUCACAGGUGUCAUUUUCGAUCAUCUUUUAUUCUCGCUGCUGUGCCCAUAACUUUCUUAGCAACCGUGAAUGAAUCAAAAGAUCAUGACUUAAUACGUACAUUGGAAACUCAUAGUUCAACAAAGAGUAAACCGUGCUGAAAUUAGACAAAGCUGUGUGAUUUGAAGUUUUACCUUUAGGACAUUGCUUUGAUAUGUUAUAAAUAUUGUGUAGAGACCCAAGUAUUAUCAUCCCUUUUAUCUAGAGACGAGCAGCAAUGUGGUCUGAGCCUGGAGCCACAGAGCAGCCAAAUAACCCACCUGGGCCUAAGCAGACUGUGCAAUAUCGUCUGGUGCCCAGACGGAGUACUGUGCCUUCUCCCAUUUAAUCCCUCUCCCAUCGAUUUCUCCCCCUCCAACUAAAUUUCCUGCCCCCACCUUUCCCACCGUCCACUCUUAUUCUCUCACAUUGCGAUUACGAUACCAAUUUAUUUAUCCCAGAGUGAAAUUGGUCAGACACCAGUCAAAAGAUACCGUUACAAGGCAUUGACAAGUGUCACGUGCAUUAUAAUAAGAAUUACAUUUAAGUGACCAGUUAUUGCACAGCACGCAUGUAAUAUUGCACAAACAUUAAAUUAAAUAAUCGAGUGGAAAAGGCCAGGGUGAGGAAUGUGCAAAGAUGGGGGAUGGGGG